GUCUGCCUCCACCUCAACAGCCUAACUAGCAAAGUAGCCUAGCUAGCAAACCAGUGUAGAAAUAUAAAUUUAACAAAAAUCAAGGAACGUGUUAGACUUGAUAUUCUAUUGAUGUAAUAACAAGUGCCGAGUGGAGCGGCUGAUAUAGUAUUUGUUGCAUUUAGCUAGUGGAAGCAUGAAGAUGAAAGAGUGGGAUCUGGAGAAAGGACCAUGAAGCAUUCAGUGAUAACCUAGGCCAGCGUGAUCCUCAUACCAUUCAUUUAAUCACUUCCUCUCAAGAGGUGCGUACAUGGAAAAUGCCAACAAUAGAAUGAAAUGUAAACCUUUAAAUAAUUUGGAACGGUUAAGUGGUGAAAGCUAAGCAGGUCAGCGCUGCUGCCAAGGGGCAAAGCUGGCAAUGUCCAGGGUUCCAACCCCCCCUCCCCCUGGGGAGAUGGCCAGUGGACCUGUGGCAGAGAGCUGGUGUUACACACAGGUCAAAGUGGUGAAGUUUUCUUACAUGUGGACCAUCAACAACUUCAGUUUCUGCCGAGAGGAAAUGGGCGAGGUAUUAAAGAGCUCAACCUUCUCAUCGGGUCCCAAUGACAAAAUGAAAUGGUGUCUUCGAGUCAAUCCAAAGGGACUUGAUGACGAAAGCAAAGAUUAUCUGUCAUUGUAUUUACUUCUUGUUAGUUGUCCAAAAAGUGAAGUUAGAGCAAAGUUCAAGUUUUCCUUAUUGAAUGCAAAAAGAGAAGAAACUAAAGCUAUGGAGAGCCAAAGAGCAUAUCGAUUCGUCCAGGGAAAAGACUGGGGCUUCAAAAAGUUUAUUAGAAGAGAUUUCCUGCUUGACGAGGCCAAUGGUCUCCUACCAGAUGACAAGCUUACCCUGUUCUGCGAGGUGAGCGUCGUCCAGGACUCGGUCAACAUCUCGGGCCAGUCCAACAUGAACAUGCUGAAGGUCCCGGAGUGCCAGCUGUCUGAGGAUCUGGGGAACCUGUGGGAGUGUUCUCGGUUCACUGACUGCAGCCUGUACGUGGGAGGGCAGGAGUUCAAGGCUCACAAAUCCAUCCUGGCAGCCCGGUCCCCAGUUUUCAAUGCCAUGUUUGAACAUGAAAUGGAGGAAAGUAAAAAGAACCGAGUGGACAUCAGUGACGUGGACCCGGAUGUCUUUAAAGAAAUGAUGGGCUUCAUCUACACAGGGAAGGCUCCAAACCUGGAGAAAAUGGCUGACAAUCUGCUGGCAGCAGCAGACAAAUACGCUCUGGAGCGUCUAAAGGUGAUGUGUGAGGAGGCACUGUGUAACAGCCUCUCUGUGGAGAACGUGGCGGACACCCUCAUCCUCGCAGACCUGCACAGCGCCGAGCAACUCAAAGCACAAGCCAUAGAUUUUAUCAACAGGUGCAGUGUCCUGAGACAGCUGGGCUGUAAAGAUGGCAAGAACUGGAAUAGCAAUCAUGCAACAGACAUAAUGGAGACCACAGGCUGGAAGUCGAUGAUCCAGUCCCACCCUCACUUAGUGGCAGAGGCCUUCCGCGCCCUCGCCUCCGCACAAUGCCCGCCCUUCGGCCUGCCACGCAAACGCCUAAAACAGUCGUGACCGCCCCUCACUGCCAUGAGACUUUACCAGGGUGCAAGGCAGGAGGACAAGAUGGGAGGACAAUGAGGAGAGCUGCUCUGUUUCUACCACCACCUGACCCUUUCAAAACCAGGCAAGGAUUGGAACUUGAAGGAAGGAAAGAAGGAAGGAAGGGAGGGUGAGAUGGAGGCUGGCUGGUUGGCAUGUGGCUGGCUGACUUCAACAGACAGGAAACAUUUGGCUGUGGUCCUAAAGUGUUGUCUGCUACUAUUUUUCUGUAAUUUUCUAAAUGGCCUUAAUAUAUCUGCCAUUGCUCUGGAGUUGCUUGAGUACUUCGUCUAUGUGACUCUGUGCCUGCCUUGUCCUGAACACCAGGCCCUCUCCAGAUUGCACUAGUUCCCAUAAAUAUAGUCAUUUUGAUAUGGAGUUCUAUAGGAACGUGUUAAGGGUUUGAUAAAUGGGAAAUAUUAUAUAUUUGUAAUGUUUAGCCCAUUUUGCGACUAGACAUUAAAGAAGCGUGAACACUUUCAGUGCAAGGUCAAUUCUUUACACUUUUUAAAAGAUGAAUAUGCCCCAUAUUGAUGGCACCAUUUCUAUGUAAAUGACAGUUGUACCAUCUUCAGAAGACUGGUGUAAAAGCAAGUCUGUUCUAUUGCAUAUUUGUGAAAAUAUUCCUGGCAUUCUGAGACCCUGUGUUAAUGCUGUAUUACAUGUUAGACAAAAAACGAUGUCUAUACUCGGGCCCUAAACCUAUUAAAACUAUUGGAUGAAUAGCAAAGUGAUUUACCCAGUGUCCCAUCUGAUGAUUGCUUAUGUAAGAACAUAAGAUUAGUCCACUCUUAGAGAUCCAACCUUUCCAUAGUAUUACCAACUUGCAAAUAUUUAUAUAUUCUCAAUAUAUUGUGGUUAAUAAAAGAAAAAAAAAUAAGUGGAAAGACUAAUGCAUGGUCCUGUAUUGUUGAAAAGAGUGUCCAAGUACCAAUUUUGUCGUUAACAAUUUUUAUAAUUUUUCUGCAAUUAUCAACAAACAAAAAAAAUAUCUGUAAGGAACUAAAUGAAUUGAGUAUAGUCCAUGGGCAACUCUGCUUUCAACAUGCUUGGAGUUGUUUAGGAUGCAGAGCAUCGUUUCCAUUGGCGCUGUUGUUGUUGUGUGUGUGUGUGUAUGGAUGGAUGGGGGUCACAUGUCUGUUAACUGUUUGUUUCAUAUGUGGUGUGGUAUGACAGACAAGCUUCUCCUGAGGAUUUUGUAAAUUAACUGAUAGUGACAUCAUUUUUACAUGGAAUUACCCAAGUCAUUCUGUGUUAAAUUGAGAUGUUGAAUUUUUCCAUUAGAAAAAACGAUGAAGUUGUCUGCAAGAAUGCCUGCAUUAACCCAUUAAAGAUGUUUUCCAGCA